AUGGCGGUCGCGGUCCGCGCGCCGCGGUCGCCCGAGAAGGCGAUGGCGCUCAUGGCGAUCUUCUCCACCGCGCUCAUCGCGCUCCUGAUGUGGGUCUCGACCACGGUCAGCGUGCAUCACGAAGGGCAAGACCCGCUGACGCGCGGGGGACGAUGGGCGAACGCGAGGCAUCACCGCGGGCGGAUGCGCCGCGCGUACGAGCGGCCGGGCGUGGCGGGGGAGGCGGCGUGGGAAGCGCGCGACGGCGGCGGCGGCGGCGGCGACGGCGGCGAGUACGACGGCGGCGGCGGCGGCGGCGCGGGGGGGGGGGGCGCGCGUCAUCGCGCGCGCGACGACGACGACGACGACGACGACCGCGACCUCGAACACCGCCGCGAUCGCGAGGAGGUGUACGACGGUCGCAGUCACACGCAAGGGGACGCGCGUCGGCGCGGGCAUCGUCACGGGCACCACCACCACGGGCAUCACGACCACGCGCGCGUGUUCGCUGGCGAGCGGACAGAGUAG